GUGUGAAAAGUGGGAUGCGAGACGGAUGCGGGGACAAGGCAGACAGAGGAGCAGGGUGCAAUGUUGAGAUGAAGGGAAGGAUGUAACGGAGAAAUCGAGAUACCGCGCCUGAUCGGAGAUGUACUGCUGGUCGCGGCUGAUGAAUUUCACUCGAGAGUGGGGUGGGUGCACACUGAAUGCGGAAUCUGGUGUGGAGUGCGAUAGGAACAGACUUCAACUUCGGUCUUCGAUUGUAGACGAACCUGUUGUCCCUAAGGAUGCUUAGUCCCAGGUUGAAACAACACUCCACCAGGGUGCAUUUCAGAAUCAAGUUUGUCUUCCCGUCAGUCUAGACCCAUGACGCAAAAAUGAUAGAAAGGGGUCCAUGCCACAUGACGCCAAACAAGGCUCGCUCCCACGGCUUUCGGCAAAACGAUAUAUGGAGGAAGUUUCGCCCCGAACCUGUUUAUGCAUUCAAGGCGCAACGCGAUGCUUAUAGCCACAGACACGAGAUCAGCCCGGCCUAUAUAUGGGCUGAUGAGGUACCAACGCGGCGCCAGCGUGUAUGUGCGUGUCGCCCCAGAUGCUACAGUCAAUCGACCAAUUAACUCGGGCGAGUGAGCCGAGUAUAUUGUGCGCCAAGCCUCAGGCGAGUAAUGAGUGGGAGUGAACGCGGAGGAUCAUUCGUGGGAUCGUAGCCUAGAAUGCGGUUGGCGCUCUGAAUGAGUGGAUCCGUGAGGCCCUGAAUUAAUAAUCCCUUGAGUAGCAAUCUCUGUGAGUUCAGAUCAUCUCGUAUUUUGCAUGAGAUACUUCGCUGCUGUGUAUCUGGGGCAGCGCAUUGGAG